AUGGGACAGCAUGUGGAAUUUGCCACUGGCAGCUUACGUUCCCUGGAAGCGCGUCAUACAUCUAAACGCCUAUGGGGUGAACUAACGAAGAUUCUCAAUAACUGUCGUACUGGUACUCGAAAGUCUUCAGAUGGAUGGAGUAAGUAUUGGAGCGACUUUAAAAAUAAACUGAAAAAUAAAGUGAGUAUAAUUAAUAAAAGGAAGAGAUCAGGAUCUACAUCUAAAAAAGGUAUCAGGCCAUUGACUAAGCUUGAAAAGAGGGCAUUGGUAAUAUUAGGACCCCACUUUGAUAGAAAGAAGACCAGAAACACUGUUGAUGCAUUCCAUAAUGCUUUAUCUAACCACUUUCCACCUGAAGUAAAAUUAGAAACUUGUCAAGAGAAUGUGUCUAAUGAGUACAGUAAUGCACAGAGUGAUGGCAGCGAUAGAUUGUCAGACGGCGAUAAAGUGAGUGACGAUAGUGGCGACACCAACCAUGACUAUGAGGAUGAUUCUGACCAGAACUCGGACGAGCCUCUCAUACAAAGCCUCUACCCGAAGUGGUUAAUAGAAGUGGAGAAGAAGAGAGCCGAAGCGGAGCUGAUACGCGCCAGGGCAGAGUCGAAGCGCGCUGGCGCGGCGGCCAGUAGCGCCGAAGCGAUGCUAAUGCAAGCGGAGGCGAUGCGAAAACUUGCAGACGCCGUUGCCAGGAUAGCUUCAGUCCUGGAGGCCAGGACACGGAGGGACGAUAUGCUGACCAUA